AUGGGAGCACAAGGCAGUAAAGUAGAUUUUUUGCAAGUGGUCAUGAAUUUGACCUCCAAACCGGGUAACAAAGUGAGUUUUUUGUGAAAUUUAAUAGAAAAAGUCUAAUGAAUUAAAGUUUUCUUUUUCUUUUUGAUCGAUGAAAAUUGUGAUUUAAAAAAUACCAAAAAUUUUUGUAUCAUUUCAUGAAUUUUUGAGUACGAAAAACUCUAGUUCCAAACUCGAAAAAAGGAAAAUUACUCUUUUCCGGUAAAAAGAGUCAUUAGAGAAUUUUUGUUUCAGGAUGACGAUAGUUUUUGGGAUCAAGUUUGGUGGCCAGAAACAGUCAACGAAAUUUUCGCAAUGAUUCCUGGUGAUGAUAUUCGCAAACUGCGUGAUGAUCACCCAAAAAAUCUUGCGACUAUGACUUAUAAAUGCGUCGAAAAACUACAAUAUUCUCGGGACCAUCCAGCUAGUUUGAAUGUGAAAAAGGUAAGGUUUUUAAUAUUUGAAGGUGGAGCCUGAAUGAAAAAAUGAGUUAUGAUCAUAAAAAAAGAUUGUCUGAAAUGUCUAAAACUUACAUAUUUGCAAUUAAUUUGUCGGACAAAACUUUUAAAAUAAAAUACAAUCAGAAAAGUGAUUCAUAAAUCAUCUCAUACUCCACUUCUAACAAAAAAUCCCUGAACAUCCAACAACAAAAAAUUUCAGACAAUAAAUUGUGUUCGCCUUUUGACUCGAAUGAUGCCUUAUAUGUUAGAAGAUGCUGAGUGGCGUGGAUAUUUUUGGUCACCAAUUCCAAAUGGUGAUACUCAAAAACCGUUGGCAGCAUUAUUGUUAGAAAUUGUUUCGGAUUUAUUGUUUUGCCCUGAUUUUACAGUAUCAAGUCAGAAUUCCAGUGCUGUAAGUUCCUUUCAGAGCCGUUUUCAUUCAAAGCUUUAAAUGAACUUUUUUAGGACAAAGUUGAUGAUUUAUCAAACAUUGAUCCAUGUGAAUAUAUUUGGGAAGCUGGAGUUGGAUUUGGAAGCAAACUUCCAAUGGUCGCACAACAUUUCCAAAACAGAUUAGAAAUUCUGAAAUUGUUGCUCACCUGUUUCUCAGAAGUGAUUUAUUCCCCAAUCACUGACGAAAAUCGUCUUCGAUGGGUUACACAAUUUACAUCAAGUACAAAUCGACACGUUCUUCCAAUUUUCACAAGUUUGCUGAAUGUUGUUUGCGCCUAUGAUCCAGUUGGUUAUGGUCUUCCUUAUAAUUAUCUACUUUUCAAUGAUUCACGUGAACCUUUGGUUGAAAUUGCUUUGCAAGUAUUGAUCGUAUGUCUCGAUAAAGAAAGCCAGGGGAAGAAUGAUGACACUGGAUAUCUAGAAAACUAUUUCAUCAAUUAUUUGAGUCGAAUUCACCGUGAAGAAGAUUUCGAUUUCAUGCUCAAAGGAAUCACCCGACUUUUGAGUAAUCCAAUCCAAUCAUCCGCAUCAUAUCUUCCAAAUUCAACAAAGAAAGUGAAUUUUCAUCAAGAACUUCUGGUUCUUCUUUGGAAAUGUUGCGAAUUCAAUCAAAAAUUCAUGUUCUACGUGCUCAAAACAUCAGAUGUUCUCGAAAUUCUCGUGCCAAUUUUGUAUCAUAUUUCCGAUGCUCGAAAUGACUCAGCACGUGUUGGUUUAAUUCACAUGGGUGUAUUCUUGAUUCUUUUGCUCAGUGGUGAACGAAACUUUGGAGUUCGCUUGAAUAAACCAUAUACAGCAAAAGCAGCUAUAAAUGUGACAAGUUUUACUGGAACUCAUGCUGAUUUAUUGAUUAUUGUAUUUCACAAAUUAAUAACUACGGGUAAUUAUCGACUUCAAUCAUUGUUUGAUUGCUUUUUAACUAUCAUUGUGAAUGGUGAGUUUUUUCUGAUUUAAUUGGGAAAAUUUUUCAAAUUAUGAUUUACAGUAUCUCCAUAUCUGAAAUCGAUCUCAAUGGUCGCCUCAAAUAAAUUAUUGCAUCUCGUAGAAGCAUUUUCAACACCAUGGUUCCUUUAUUCUUCUCCAAGUAAUCAUCAUCUCGUAUUUUUCUUAUUGGAAGUUUUCAACAAUGUUAUUCAAUAUCAAUUUGAUGGAAACUCAAAUUUGAUCUACACAAUCAUUCGAAAGCGUCACGUAUUUUAUCAAUUAUCAAAUCUUCCCACAGAUGCAGCUUCUAUCUCAAAAACCCUUUCCGGAAGAAAAUCCAAAUCAACAAAUCGAGAUGAAAUGGUAGAUCAAUUGAAGAGUCCAACUGCAACAAGUCCCCCAGAACUUCCAAAUUCGAUUACUGGAACAACUGCUGCUGCUGGACUUGCUGCAACUCCAAGUAUGACUGGCGGAAAUUUGGAUGAAAAAUUGGGAGGAGAAGAAUCUGGUGAAUGGGUAGCGAGCCAAGAUUGGGCAGAAACUUGGAAAGCGAAAUUGCCAUUGCAAACAAUUAUGAGAUUAUUGCAAGUUUUAGUGCCACAAGUUGAGAAAAUUUGCAUCGACAAGUAUGUUUUUUCUAGUUUGAUGAGAGAAUUUGAACAUUUCAAAGUCCAAAAAACAGGAUAUAAUUUUUACAACCUGUCAGACAAACGUCAAUAUUUUUUCUGAUAACAGAACAUAUUUAUUUUUAUUUAAAAAAUUAUAUUUUCAGGGGACUAACAGAUGAAUCUGAAAUUUUGAAAUUUCUACAACAUGGAACUCUUGUCGGACUUCUCCCUGUUCCUCAUCCAAUUCUAAUCAGAAAAUAUCAGGCAAACGCUGGGACAAAUCAUUGGUUCCGAACUUAUAUGUGGGGUGUGAUCUAUCUUCGAAAUACUGAACCACCAAUUUGGUACGACACAGAUGUCAAACUUUUUGAAAUUCAAAGAGUAUAA